ACUGCGUUUUCCAUAGUGCUGUGGAUGUAGUCAUGCGCUGCUUGUUGCUUCGCAUUCUCGGUGCUCUCAUGGGCUUCGACUUUGUUUGUUGCAAUUUAUUAAAUGACAAUUAUGAAGUUGUUGGCAUGGCAUGUGCUAACAACGAGGAAGUAAGCUGCAUGAUCGCUGACUGCCCCACUAGUGAGCACUGUCCAGCAGCCAACUUUUGCUAUAAUCCAAAGUGCGUAUGUCGGCGAGGGUUUCGCAAGGUGGAAGGUCGUUGUGUGAAAAGACAUGCAACGCCUUUGCUGAAACAGGAGUCUAUAAACUCAGCUCUGUUGCGUACAUACUAUAAUUGAAUUUCAAUAAGCACAAUAAACACUA